AUGACAGUAAUCGGCACGGUGAUCCAACAACAACUUUACGCGCUAUCCUCACGAUCAAGGCCGACAACUGACAUUUCAGAAUGGCGCGAAAUAUACGCGGGACACAAAAUCGUGGAGGUGGCGGCCUCCGAUGAAAGCGCGCACUGCGAUCCGUGUCGCGUGUGUUGUCGUUCCGUACGACAAUUAAAACUGGCGGGCAAUCUGGCUCGGUCCUCCGGCAGCGGCGGCGGCGGCGGUGUCGGUGGUGGACGUAACGCCGGCGGUAGAUCCGGCGGUGGUAGUGGCGGCGGCGGAACCGGUAACAGUGGUGGCGGAGGUGGCGGCGGCAACAACAACAACAACAACAACGGAGGCGGCGGCAACGGAAGCGGUGGCGCGUGUUCCAGGAGCGCGGGGGCGGCGGCCGCCGCCGCCGCCGCUGCCGCCGAAUCCGGAAUCGCUAGCAGCGGCGCCACGGAGGAAGGCGCCGGUCUCUCCGGUCAUUUAAUCGAAUGGGAAGAGAACGACCGUUUCUCGUUCGACGACUCGGAUCGUUUCGAGGAGGACUCGUUGUGCAGCUUCAGCAGUGAGCACGAGUCGCUCUGUAAUAAUUGGAGAGGAUGGAGACGACCUGCCGCGACAUUCGGCAUCGGCAAGAAGCCCUUCGAGGACGGACAGCCGGUGCCGACCCUGUGCGAACUAGCGGCGCGAUGCGUCGCCUCUCACAUCCCCUUCGAGCUGGUGGAGCAUUUCUACCCGCCGGUGCCGGAACAGCUCCAGCUGCGCAUCGCCUUCUGGAGCUUUCCCGACAACGAGGAGGACAUACGGCUGUACUCGUGUUUGGCGAACGGCAGCGCCGACGAGUUCCUUCGCGGAGAGCAUCUAUUCCGGUCUAGAAGCGUAAAGGAGCCUUUGCAAAUCGGAUUCCACCUGAACGCCAGCGUGAAUCCGCAAAUGGUGCCGAACGGCGGGCGACCUCAGUUCAACGUCGCCGUGACCUUCGAUCGACGGAAAAUCACGUCGUGCAAUUGCACCUGCUCCUCAACGGCCUACUGGUGCGCGCACGUAGUAGCCGUAUGUCUGCACAGGAUACACAUGUCAACGCAAGUAUGUCUGAGGGCACCGGUCAGCGAAUCCCUGUCGAGACUACAUCGAGAGCAACUGCAAAAGUUCGCCCAGUACCUCAUCAGCGAAUUGCCGCAGCAGAUUUUACCUACUGCUCAACGGCUUCUGGACGAACUGUUGUCGAUGCAACCGAGCGCCAUCAACAUUUAUUGCGGAGCGCCCGAUCCGACUGCAGGAGCCUCGACUCACGAUCAAACGUCCUGGUACUUAGACGAGAAGACGCUACACGAUAACAUAAAGAAGAUCCUCAUCAAAUUCUGCGUGCCCGCUCCCAUAGUGUUCAGCGACGUUAAUUACCUGAGCACCACGGCGCCACCCGCUGCUGCCGAGUGGGCAUCGCUGCUGCGGCCAUUGAGAGGCCGCGAGCCCGAGGGCAUGUGGAACCUCCUCUCGAUAGUGCGCGAGAUGUUCAAGCGGAAUGACCGUAACGCCAUACCUCUUCUGGAGAUCAUCACGGAGGAGUGCAUGGCCUGCGAGCAGAUCCUCGUCUGGUGGUUCAACACCAAGGUUGCGUUGCUCAACGGCACCGGAUACGGCGGCAAGCAUAAUAUGAACAGCAACGUCCACGCUUCCCAGCACGCGUGCUCGUCCCUCUGCGACGAGAUCGUCGUGCUGUGGCGAUUAGCCUCGUUGAAUCCCGGCCUCUCACCGGCGGAGCGCGAGAUGCUGCAUGCUCAAUUCUUGACUUGGCACUUGAAGAUCAUAGACAAAGUCACCAAGAGCCGUGGCAGUUCCGUGUCGCAUAAUUCGCACAACAGGAACAACAGUGGCACGCAGAAGGAAACUUCCCUGAAACACGAUGUUGCGGUAUUCACCGGCUUCAAACCGGCGCUGGAGGCUUGCUACCUGGACUGGGACGAGUACAUCUUGCCCGGGAUCACCUACACCGCUGGUAGCAAUCCCAUGUAUCACUGUCCCUUCACCUGCUUCCGACACGCCGGCGACACGAGAACGGAGGUCAAUCAGGUCAAUUCCAGCUCGGCUGUGCUGAAUUACCAACCACCGAUCUCGCAUCACCACCACAGACGGCCGUUGAACGUCGGCCUGGUUGAAUUCAGUUACUUGGACCGGCGACGGCUGAAUCCGCGUGAGUUUUCUCUGUGCUCGCGGAACGCUGGCGGCGGUGGCGACGGGAAUCGCAGCAGCGUCAGCUCCGAGGGCUUCUGCGAGAAUGACACCGACAUUCCCGACAUAACGGAAUCUCAAGUCGUCCUCGUCAGACAAGGUUGCGCUCAGCUGAACAACUGCGGCGACACGGACUCGCAGGAGGGAGGUGGCAGCGAAUCGUCCUCUAACAGCAACGUCAGCCUGAAAGAUGCUCAAGGCUCGGACAAUCCCCGCUCAAACGCCUCGUCCGAGACUAAUAGUGAUAGUAACGACAGUAGUAAUAACAAAGCAGCAUGCGAGGAUAGUAGGAUGAAUCUCCCGGAGAACCGCGACAAGUCGGCGCUCUCCAAGGACACCGCCGCCAAAAGUGAACAGGAGUCUGACCAAGAGAAAGAGGCCAGACAACCGUUCAAGGAUGAGAGCUCCUCGUCCAGCAGCGAUAGUCCUUCCGGUGACGAGUAUCACGUGUAUUACUACGAUCCGAAAACCGUCACCAGCAGCAGUGGCCUGCCGAGCAAAUACGUGAACAGCAAUACCCAUGCCACGGCCACACCGGACAUCGGUACGGUUUUGGACAACUUGAAGAAGAUCGAGGACCCGUGGGACAUCCUGUUCUCGCGGGCGGAAGGACUCUACGCUCACGGUCACACGAGGGAAGCCUGCAUUCUCGGUGUACAGCUGGCCGAGGAGCUCUUGGCUAACCCGCCCGACCUUAUGAUCGAGGGGCCGCCGGCGCCGGCUAGCAAGAGCAGGCGGAAAAAGCAACACGUUAAUUCGGCGUCUCAUCAGUUAACGUGUCUCGCUUCGGCGACUCUGGCGAAAUGCGGAUUCCUGUGCACGGUAUUGGCCGAGAACCCAGAACAUCACAAUCUGGCGUUUCGUGUGGGGCUUUUCGGCCUCGAAAUGGCCAGGCCACCGGCGAACACGAAACCGUUGGAGGUCAAGCUGGCUCACCAGGAGAGCGAAUUAGUGGUAUUACUAAAGAGGAUCCCUUUGGGACCGGCGGAAUUAGCCAUGAUACGACAGAGAGCGGAACAACUGAGGGACGGCGUUAUGCGAUCAAGAGGGCACGCGCUCUUGCCCAUCAUGCUGGCCAGCUUCAUAUACGAUGCGCUUGAUGUGCCAAGAGUGAAAUUGCCGACAGAGGUCGAACCGAAUCUCGGAUUUGACGCUGCCGUAGCUGUGCUGGGAUUGAAGGCGAAUGUGAGUGAAGCGGAUCAUCCGCUUCUUUGCGAAGGAACACGUAGGCAGAGAGGGGAGUUGGCUAUCACCCUGCUCGUUCAUUACAAAGACGAUCCCGUCAAAUUGGCCAGAAUCAUGGACAAAUUACUGGAUCGAGACGUUCAUCAGCUAAUCAAAUCGCCCAUCCUCAGUAGCUAUUACACCUCCAAUCCUCCUACUAAGAGCGAGAUGUCAAGAUGUGUUCACGAAGAAUGCUCGUCACCCCUCACCGGGAAGGACAACGGCGGAAAUGGCGAUAACAUCGUCGGCGGUAGUAGCAGACCUCACAGCAGCACCAGCGCGGAGCUAGAGAGUGGUAUGAGUGCACUGACCGUACAACCGCAGAUUGUUCAGCCAUCUGUGCCUAUUAGAACUAAAGAAACGCGAUAUAAGAGUAAAAGAGUAUAUCCGUCUAUUCCCAACCAGCCGUCAGAAGCGGGGGCACACUUCAUGUGCGAGCUCGCGAAAACUGUCCUAGCGAAGGCCGGUGGCACCAGUUCCACGUCGUUAUUCCAUCAGCCAUCCACCAGUCAGAACCAUCACGGUCCGCACAGGGCGCUUCACAUGUGCGCUUUUCAGCUCGGCUUGUACGCUCUUGGUCUGCACAAUUGCGUCAGUCCGAAUUGGCUCAGUCGCACGUACUCAAGCCACGUAUCCUGGAUAACCGGUCAGGCGAUGGAGAUCGGAGCGCCGGCUAUCUGGUUCCUCAUCGACAGCUGGGAAGGCCACUUGACGCCACCUGAGGCUGCCAGUAUAGCCGACAAGUCGUCUCGAGGGAGCGAUCCGAAUAUGGUCAGAGCAGCGGCGGAGCUCGCUUUGUCCUGCCUGCCGCACGCGCACGCGCUCAACCCCAAUGAAAUCCAGAGAGCCAUAUCUCAAUGUAAGGAACAGAGUGAAGCUAUGCUGGAGAAAGCCUGUAUCACAGUGGAAAACACCGCGAAAGGCGGCGGUGUUUAUCCGGAGGUGCUCUUUCAGGUGGCGAAGUACUGGUACGAGCUGUUUCUCCGGCGAAAUCCUGGUGGCGAUCAGCAGGAUGAUGUUCCACAUGAUCCUUUGCAACUGGAUCUCAAUGGGAUACUGUUAGUCGAACCAGGGCCUCCCGUGGACUUGCCAAAUAAUCAGAUGAUGCCCGGCCCGACUCAGGCGGUUGUUGUGACCAGCACGCAACCUCCACCUCAGCCUUACUCCACUCAUCCAACGAUCACAACUUUGGCGCCUUUAGGCGUCGGCAUGCCAUACGCAGUGGGCCCCUUCAGUUUUGUACAUCCCCACCAUUCUAUCGCGACAUUCAGUGGCCCCAUGCCGUCGCAUCGUGUCACUCUACCGCCCGCACCUCCGCACAUGCAGAUGUAUCAUGCGUUUCCACCUCAUCCCGGGCAUCCACAGCAUCCGCAACACCCCCCACAUCCGCAUCAUCCACCUCCGCCCGCGCCACCACCACCUGGGCCGCAGUAUUACACUGCACAGCCUCCGCCUGCCCCAGGAGCUCAUCACUUAUACCCCAUGCCAGUCAAUGUCCAAGCGGGAGUAGCUGGUCCUCUCCCAGGGCAAAAUACAUUACCCCCCGGGCCGCCGUUGGUCCAAACACAACCCAUAAUAUCGACUGUGAGAGCUCAACCUCAGGUUCACAGGCAGAAUCAACCGUUCAGUCAGCAGCAUUUGCGGACGCUCGUUUCUGCCUAUCGCGUGGGUAUGUUGGCCUUGGAGACUUUGGCUCGUCGGGUGCACGAUGACCGGCCUCAGGCCAAAUUUGCACGUAAUCCACCAUACGGGGAAGACGUGAAAUUUUUGCUCAGGGUUGCGAAGCGUCUCGGCACGCAGUAUAUGCAUCAGCUUUGCAUCUGCGCCGUGAAUAGUAUCGUCAGUCCCUUCGUUCUCCACCAUGUCGCUCUGGAAGCGUCCCAGUACCUCGCCAGGAACAACCCGGCGCUCAUUCUGCAGCACUUGAGAUCCGCCUUAUUGGCGCCGCUGGUGCACAAGUGCCAACAGAUGUAUAUUCAGUGUAUGCAUCAGAAGCUGUAUCACUUAACAGCUAGCGAUUACGAGGAGUUCGCCAAUGUGGUAUGCGCGGCACGGGCCGCCUUUCAGAUCAACCCCGAAGGAAAUACUCAGUUCAAGGAGUGGCUGCAAUCCAUUAAAAGAUCUCAAUCCUGCAAUAAAGACUUGUGGGCGCAGAUUAACGCGGCGCUACAACAGACCGGCAAAUGACACAGAAUCGAGCCAGCCGCGACGUGGCUCACCUCCCUCCCCCAUCACCCUCAUCCUCCGCCGCCGCCACCGCCACCGCCUCCGCCACCACCUACGACCACGACUCUCGUGUUGCAGCAUCAACACCCGUGUCAUCCCCAUCCACAGAGUGUCGUAUGCGUUCACGGACUGGCCAUCAAUCCUACCCUCAACAAGUUCACUUGGGACAAGAUCUCGAUACCGUGCAUCGUCGAGGAGGUGACGCACCAACUGGCGCCUCCUCCCCCUCCUCAGCAUCAGAUGAUGGCCGGUAUGCCGGGACCGUCCGCGUGGCAAGAACCAACCGACGGCCGUGGUUCUCAAGGGAUCAAUCCCAGAGACGCUUGAGAUAUAUUUUAAGUUUUAGUUAAAUGUAUUUAGAUCACAAAGUACUUUAGUUAAGCGUAUGUAACUUCGAGGAUGAGUUAGGUUAGGUUAGGUAUCACUAAGUCAGCAGUUAAGUGUAACAGCAGCCACGAGUAUAAGUUUUAGGUAU